AUACCAGAAAUUAAUAUUCUCAAAUAAAAUUCCUCAAAGGUCCUCAAAACCAUUUAUUUAUUGAUCAAAAACAUGAUUAUAGCUCGCAAUUUAAGAAUAUGUAUCACAGCCCGGCUAGCUCAGUCGGUAGAGCAUGAGACUCUUAAUCUCAGGGUCGUGGGUUCGAGCCCCACGUUGGGCGAAAGCUUUUUUUCGUAAAAUUUUGUAUUUUUUUUAAUUUUCUCUUAAUUUUUGCUUUUUCAGUUGCCAGAAAAAACUUUUGCUGUUUAAAGUCUACAAAGGUAAUUUUUAAAUAACCUACUCGUUCUGCCAUCUAGCGUUAUCAUUGUGAAGUAAUUUGUGUGAUGUAAAUUGCAAAAGCAUUAGGCGUCUGCUGUAUUGAAACACUAGCACUAGUUUAAGAGCUAGUUGGAUGAAAAUAAUCUAGAUGGCAGCACCUGUUUUUAAUGGUGUCGAUUGUCUCUAAAUAAAAACUAAUGAUAACAACAGAAGCAAACUGAAGGCUGUAUUUCAUUAAAUAAAUUAAUUAUUCUGAUUUUCUCCCUUGAAAAAUGAGGCCUAUGUGAGGUCUAAACCAUUAGAAUAUCACUGCUCUAGUGCUUAAGUGCAGGUUCUUAAAAAUAAGGCAACGAUUUGCCAUUCUACUAAUGAUAAUAAUGAUUUAUCAAGCCUACCCAUCUAACAACGGUGAAUUCAUAUUUCAUACAGAUCAUUGUCAUUAUUUUUUAUAAUUUUAAUAAUGAUAUAAGUUAAUGUUUUUUCUUGUGUAGUCUCGGAUAAUUGCUGGAUUUCCUCUUUGACAUCGUUUAGUGUAAUUUGUGCAGUUUGUAUAAAACGUAGAGGACACGCGAUCACGUCUCUGUGAUUUCUUUGACCCGGCGAAGUUAUGUCGAGAUCUUUGUCCAUCUGUUUUAUGAUUUUAGGUUUAACUAGUGUGAGCCAAGCAGUGUCCCCAAAACUUGACUUCGGAGAAGAAUAUUCUUCAGUUGCAAAUAAUUCAAGUAAAGAAGAUGACGAUGUCGAAGUUAAACACACGAUAGUAGUUUCUACGAAGCUGAAAAAUAACAAUCGAAGAGGUUUACAUACAAAUGAUGACGGAGGCAGUACAACUUACAGAUUUGAUCAGCAAAAAUCAACCAAAGAAGAUAGUGGUGAAGUGCCUAUAGUAAAAGCUUUUAAAUCAGUCGAAACAACACAAAUAAGGACACCGGAUACAAGGACUAAAUCUACAGAAUUCCCAGAAUUUGCUAUUUAUAACGGUAAUGCUAGGGAUGAAUAUGAUUUCUAUCCUUUAGCUGUAAAUCCUAUGCAAUGGAAACCAUCAACGUUUUACAACAACGUUAAUUGGAAUCAAGAUGGGUUUGAUAAUUACAUCCGAAGAAGGCCCGACUAUCAAAAAUUUCAUAGAAGGGUCACAGAUAAUGGAGCAAGGGAAUUCUAUUGUAAAAAAUGUAGAGAAUUAAGUGGUUCAAGAGGAUGCUUUCAACAGCGACGAAAUGCUUGGGUAUACGAAAGUACGACUCCUAAAAUAAAAAUCGAUGGCAAAUUAGCAAAAUUAAAUUAAUUGUUACUGACUGAUUUGUAUGUCUAUAUUGAAAUCUAUUCGGAAGUUCAGGAUACUUGGUAGCAAACGCGCCUUGGUUUCGCUGGAAUGAAGUUUCUGAAACGAAAAUCCCCUGUAUUCCCUAUCCCGUGAGAAUUUAAAAAUCCGUUCUUUUUUCUUGUCUAAAGUUAAUCCCCUAUUAUAUUCAUAGUUCCUAGUACGUAAUAGUAAUUACAAGCUACGUUAUACAAUGAAAAAUCCGAUUGCGAUCUUUAUAACCUUGGAUUAUGGUUUAAAGGUUACGUUAUGUGUAUGAGUAAUAAUGUGAUCAUCCUCAUUGAGCUUGGUGCAUAGAAUUGCAGUUAUACAAUUAUAUACACUUUUAUGGGAAUCGUUUCAGUUCAUCUUUAUUGCGGCAUUCAUUUUUAUUCAUGUUAUGAUCUUUAUGACUGAGUACUAAUAAAAAUGCUUCAAACAACUACCUACAUCCUGAUUUCUGAAACUUAUUCUGUAUAUCUAGAUGCAGUAAAAUGUUCCAAAGUAUUUUAAUUUUAAAUUACUAACUAGCUAAACCAACCCGGUUUCGCUUGAGUGGAAUUUUGGAAAAUAGGCGGGGUUUGGAAUUUCAAAAACUCUCGAAACUCGAAGGUAUGUGUGCUAGUUUGAACAAACACCCAAACACCAAUUUUCAUGGCACCUUUGAGAAAAUCGUUAAACCGAAAGCGAAAUACCAAUUUUAAUGGAUAUACUAAGAGUAACUUAAAAAAUGACGGCUUUCAUAUAUAUUUUCAUCCCCUAUAAUUUACCUAUCCUCUUAGGGGUGACAUUUUUAAAACUCCGUUCUUUUUGAGUGCCUACGUCUUCAGAAACCUAGUUUCAGUUUGUAGCUUGACAACGCCAAUCUGGCUAAGUCUAUUUAUACGUAGAUAUAGAUUGAAAAGAGGAUUAAAAAAAACACAUUUUGAAGCGCCAACUCAUUUAUAUCUAUUUAGUUUAAGUAAAACAAUAGAUACAAAUUAUAUUUAUAUGUUACCUACGAUAUUUCAUUUCAACUUGAUAACAUUAUACAGUCAUAAUCACAGCCUCUUCAGACUCGUGUAAUUUUUUGGGAUGCACAGCAUCAAUUAAUACCAACUAUUGAGAAAUUGCCUAAUGCAGAUAGAAAUUAAAAAUACUAGUUAAGAAUUGCGGCGCUACCUCCGAUUAAGUACAUUUAGUCCGACUUGUUUUUUGCACUGAGUAAAUUUGUAAAAUCUGACAUAAUCACAAUAGUAAACACCAGCAUGCAUUACAAACAUUUUAAUGGUAUCUACGAGAUAUCAACAACCAUCCCGUAAGUUCUAACAACAACUUUACAAAGUUUUGUUGCAAUCGGAUGAAU